GAAAACAUUAAAGCUGAAAGUAAAAAAAACAAGAGAUUAUGAAGCUUGAAUGAUGUUAUGAUGACCCCAUAUGAGUGUUGAGGAGAAAACAAAGGAUAGAUAGAGGGAGAUCUGUUUCAGUUUGAAACUUCAACAUCUCUUCAUUACAUUCUUAGUUUCACUUCACGUUUUUUUCUUUUUGGAAGCAAUCCAAGACAACAUUAUACUUUUCACACAGAUCUGUUUCUUCUUAUCACUGUCAAAAAAACCAUCUCUUCGUUCACCACUGCCAGGGAUGAUAACUUAAAGCAAGAAUCUGAUAUGGAGGGUGAUCUUCAAAGGACUCGAUCUCUGCGCCUAAGUCGUAGAGGAGACCGAAGUAAUCAAAUUCCCGCUAAAGGUGAGGAAGAUGUUGAUGUGAGUUUAUUUUCUCCGGGGAGGGUAUCUCAAGAUUACCCCAUGAAGAUUGUUUGGAAGAAAGGGUUUAUUCGAUUGGUUCUUGUAGUCGGGAUCUUGUGGAUGUUAUUAAUUCUUCUUGCAUUAUUAUUUCAUAUAUGGUCAUGCCAAACAACUGUCUCUGUUUUAUCAGCUAUGUGUAACAGAGAUAGCAAGGUUUAUACCAUGUUAGACACUAUGGGACUUGUAUCAAAAGAUUCAAAACCUCACAGAUGUCCGAUUCCUGUUUCCAAUAACCCUGAUAGAAUAGAUAUCCCAACUGGAAGAACUCCCAACGAAAUUGUCAAAAAUUUGUCAUAUGUUAUGGAAGAUGAGUUUCCAAGUAAUGGAGCUCAAUCAUCUCCCUUGUUUGGAGGUCAUCCAAGUUGGAAACAAAGGGAAGAAAGUUUCAAACUAAAGUCAAAUAUGAAGGUGCAUUGUGGAUUUAUCCAAGGUGGUGGGGCUGAAAUGGAGCUUGCGGACAUAAAAUAUGUAAAGAAAUGCAAAUUUGUUGUUGCAUCUGGCAUCUUUGAUGGCUAUGAUUUACCGCAUGAACCAUCACAUAUAAGUUUCAGUUCAAGGAAGCUUUUUUGCUUUCUUAUGGUAGUGGAUGAGGUAUCUCUGAAAUUCAUGAGGGAAAAUGGUACUGUAAAAGAAGACAGUUCUGGUGGAAAAUGGGUGGGAAUAUGGCGGAUUAUUCUUCUUAAGGAUCCUCCCUAUGAUGAACCAAGAAGGAAUGGGAAGGUUCCUAAAAUAUUAACCCACAGGUUGUUCCCUGAAGCGCAGUAUAGUAUUUGGAUUGAUGGCAAAAUGGAGUUGAUAGUUGAUCCAUUGCUAAUCCUUGAGAGAUACCUGUGGCGAGGGAAGCAUACGUUUGCCAUUGCUCAACACAAGCAUCACCGUAGCAUAUAUGAGGAGGCAGAUGCAAACAAAAGGCGAAAGCGAUAUGCUCGACCCCUUAUUGAUCUCCACAUGAAAAUCUACUAUUAUGAGGGAAUGAAACCAUGGAGUUCAAAUAAAAAGACCAUUAGUGAUGUACCAGAAGGAGCCAUUAUCAUUCGGGAACACACUAGCAUGAGUAACUUGUUUAGCUGCUUGUGGUUCAAUGAGGUUCAUCUCUUCACACCAAGAGAUCAACUUAGUUUUGGGUAUGUUGCAUACAGAUUGGGGGAAUCAUUCAAAUAUUUCAUGUUUCCCAACUGUGAAUACAAUUCACUGUUUGUGUUGCACCCUCACACAAGAGAGCACUCUUCUCCCAUAGAAUGGGUUAAAGACUUGAGUAAACUAAAGAAUAGCAGUUUAAGAGAAAGUAGGGGAGGGCUAGGCUUGUUUACCCCUUAUCCUGGGGAUCUUCAUUCUGUUGUUCUGCCAAAUGUAACAAGAACAUCAAAAGCAGGCUGAUUUUUUGUUUAUUGUUUUAACAUAUAUUCAUUUUGGUAUGUAUUUUGCUUAAUCUUAAUGAAAGUAAGAUAAAGCUCUUCAAAUUUA